ACAGCUCACAAGCCAAAAGUUAACAUGUACUGUUGUGCAGAAUACCAGGGCCAAAUUCACUGGUGAGGGAAAAGCUACUCUUGGAAGAUUAAGGACCAGAAAUGCUGAAGUUAAUUAAAAUAUCUGUGUUUCUUAAAUCCCAGAUGUUGUGCUUUUGUAAGUAAAUUGAGGAGGGGAUUGUACAAGCCAGCAGUGUAUUGUUUUGCAUCAGCAUGUCAGUUGGAUGCUGGUGAAUAGUAAUAGAUAAAUUGCUUAGUGAUCAUGAGAAUAGUGCAUUGUUCUCAGUGUUUGACAGUCCAUCAAAAUGGCAUUUUAGUGUUUUAUAAACUCCCUUUUUCAUGAAUGGCUCUUGUCUGUUCAAUUUCUUACCAGGCUGGGUGUCCUGCAGCCCUGGGAAGGAGGAGAUAGAGCUUUAGAGUAAACUGCUUUCAGUAGCUGUCCUGUGCUACAUGUCUGUAGUCUUUGCAAAACAUGUGAAUAGGACAUUCUAGACAUCUUUGCUGCCUACCUGAAUGUCCUUAGGUAAUGCCUUGUUGUUGCUGACUUAACCACUUCCCAGCUGAAUCUUAGCCCAGGUACAAUAUUUGCUCAUGGAGAGGGAUUAAUUCUUGGAAUCCUGGAUAGAUUCAACUAGAGAUGAGCUUUCAAAUCCCCUACAAAUUGUCUUCCUUGUUUGUGAAGAGGGCAGUAAUUCCCUCUGGUAGAUGCAAAGAAGCAUAGGACACAGCUUGGAAAAUUAAUAUUUCUUCAAUAAUUCAGAAGUUCUCAUCACUGUCCGUGGAAGCUUCUGUGCCAUUUGGAACACAGCAAGGCAUCUGGGGAAGGACAUUUUGGGACAGGAAGGCUUUGUUCACCCACAGUCACAUCCCUGUCUUUGACCAUGAGCUGCCAAAAGACUGGGAUUGGUGGGAAGAAUGCUGAUUCUCCUCCAAAACAAGUUAUCUUCAGAAAAAGCACCCGUGACAAAGCUCUGACCAUCUACCUGGGAAAGCGGGACUUCAUUGACAACAUGGGGAAUGUGGAACCUGUAGAUGGUGUUGUAUUGGUGGAUCCUGCUAUUGUCCAGGGGAAAAAAGUGUUUGUGUCCCUCACCUGCGUGUUCCGCUAUGGCCAGGAAGACAUUGAUGUGAUUGGCCUCGCCUUCCGCCGGGACCUGUUCUUCUCCAGGGUCCAAGUGUACCCGCCUGCUGACAAGCCAGAGUCUCUCACCCUCUUGCAGGAAUCUCUGCUAAAGAAGCUGGGGAAAAAUGCUUAUCCCUUUUUCUUUACAUUUCCAGAUUACCUUCCUUGCUCAGUUUGUCUGCAGCCUGCACCUCGUGAUGUUGAUAAGACUUGUGGGGUGGAUUUUGAGGUGAAAGCUUUCUCAACAGAAAAUGUGGAAGAGAGAAUUCAUAGGAGGAACUCUGCACGUCUGCUGAUCCGUAAGGUGCAGUAUGCUCCAGAGGAGCCAGGACCCCAGCCUUGUGCAGAGACCACCUGGCAGUUCUUCAUGUCCAACAAGCCCCUGCACCUGAAAGCUUGCCUCAGUAAAGAGGUAUACUACCAUGGUGAGCCCAUUCCAGUCACUGUCACCAUCAACAACAGCACAGAGAAAACAGUGAAGAAGAUCAAAGUCCAGGUGGAGCAGGUGACCAAUGUGGUGCUGUACUCCAGUGACUUCUAUACCAAAGUGGUGGCUUCUGAGGAAGCACGGGAAAAGGUGCAGCCAAACAGCAGCCUGACCAAGACCCUGACACUUUUACCCUUGCUUGCAAAUAACCGGGAGACACGAGAAAUAGCUCUGGAUGGAAAAUUGAAGGAUGAGGACACCAACUUGGCUUCUAGUACUAUCAUUAAGGAUGGAAUAGACAAGACAGUGAUGGGGAUUCUGGUUUCCUACAAGAUCAAAGUGAAGCUCACUGUUCCAGGCAUGCUGGGAGACCUCACUUCCAGUGAAGUGGGUACAGAGCUGCCAUUUCGUCUAAUGCACCCCAAACCCGAGGAAAAGAACCCAGCAGGGAAGGAUGGUGAAGCAGAGCUGGUAUUUGAGGAGUUUGGUCGUCAGCAGCUAAAAAAUACACCUGAUGAAGAGGACAAGAAUUCACCCUCAACUGAUGAGUGAUUAAAAGAACAGACUGACAGGAGCUGUGUUGUCUGGCUUCAAUUACAAAUGUAGGACCUAAUUUUCUAGUAGUCUGCAUGUUCUCAGUUCAUGCAUGGUCUUCCAGGGAUCAGCCCUGAGGUCAGUGGACAUGACAACAUGAAUCUCUAUUGCUUAUUACAAGAUUCAUCUCUGGAGGAAUGUGGCAAACACAACACCUGGUACUUGGUACCACAGCUACCAGAGGAGGACAGAACUUCUGCCAUGUCAUGACUUCUGCUUUCAGGGCUGCCUAAUAAAAAGGUUGGUUGCUUUCAGCACUGGUGAGAGUUUUAAGAGAGUUUAUGCAGCCUGCCUGAACUUACUCAGUGUCAGAGUCUGUGACUUUGAAGUGCCAGUGAACCAAAUCCUACCCUGGAAGGCUGGCUUGCAGCCGUAGGUGAUUCAUCAAAAUUUCUCAGCAGACUGUACAAAACUGAUUUUAUUUCCUUUUGGUUGCUUUUGCAUUGAUGCUUUACCAAAUUCAGGCAGUGAAUUUUUUCAGUGCUUGCACUGUCCCCAUGUGGCUUUUACAUUCAUUUUCUGUACCAGUAAAUAUCUUGCAGGUCGUCUCCUACAACAUAGACAAUGCUGAUACAGUGUUAGCUUUCUAGCAAUGUGCUUAAUAACCAUGUUAUUAAAGAUGAGAUAAAUGUG